GUUGAACGUGCUAAUUCACGCCAAGUUGUGCCUUUUCCGGGACUGACGGAAAAGCCGGAUUGUGUAAACAAAAACACAAGAAUCAGGGAUUUAAAGAGAAACGUUCUGUUCUGGAGGAGACUCGUAGAAAACCAGUGGAAAAUAGUUUUGAUGCAUCAAGAGCUGCUUGUCUGCUGCCAUGAGUAACACCCACCCUCUCCGUCCCUACACAUCUGUGUCAGAUAUUGACCAUGUACAUAUCCUUUCAGAGGAUAUAGGAGCCCUAAUUCAAGGAGAGGAGUACAGCGAUGUCACCUUUAUUGUGGAGAAGAAACGAUUCCCUGUGCACAAGGUUAUCCUUGCUGCUCGAUGCCAUUACUUCAGAGCUUUACUGUAUGGUGGCAUGAAGGAAUCUCAGCCACUUGCCGAGAUCCCACUGGAUGACACUACUGCAGAAGCUUUUGCCAUGCUGUUACAAUACAUAUAUACUGGUCGAGUCUCUUUAAGUAGUGUACGAGAAGAAGUGUUGCUUGAUUUCUUGAGUCUUGCACAUCGUUAUGGCUUCCAGCAACUGGAGGACUCCACCUCAGAGUACCUUCGUACUAUCCUAAACACACACAAUGUUUGCCUUAUCUUUGAUGUGGCCAGCCUUUACUCACUACUCAAGCUAAGUAACACCUGUUGUACAUACAUGGACCGCAAUGCACCUGAUGUACUUGCCAGUGAAGGAUUUCUUUCUCUUUCUCAGACUGCUUUGCUGACCAUAGUUAAAAGAGAUUCUUUUGCUGCCCCGGAAAAGGAAAUCUUUCAAGCUUUAUGUAGAUGGUGCUGCCAUAACUCACCUGAAGACCCCUCUGACAUAAUGGGGGCAGUUCGGUUACCUCUUAUGAGUCUCACAGAACUGUUAAAUGUAGUACGUCCUUCGGGUCUGCUGUCUCCUGACGCCCUGCUUGAUGCCAUAAAAACACGAUCUGAAAGCAGAGAUAUGGACCUCAACUACAGAGGAAUGAUGAUCCCUGAGGAGAACAUUGCAACUAUGAAGUAUGGGGCACAAGUUGUUAAAGGUGAGCUAAAAUCUGCCCUUCUUGAUGGAGACACACAAAACUAUGAUCUGGACCAUGGAUUUACUCGACAUCCCAUUGAAGAUGACUGUCGUUCUGGAAUUGAGGUUAAGUUGGGACAGCCGUUUAUCAUUAACCACAUUCGCCUUCUGCUUUGGGACAGAGAUUCCCGGUCUUAUUCUUACUACAUCGAAGUGUCCAUGGAUGAAUUGGACUGGGUACGUGUGGUGAAUCAUUCAAAAUAUUUGUGCCGUUCCUGGCAGAAUCUCUACUUCUCACCUCGUGUCUGCAGGUACAUCCGCAUUGUGGGUACACACAACACAGUAAAUAAAGUAUUUCAUGUUGUGGCAUUAGAAUGUAUGUUCACAAACCGUUCAUUCACACUGGAAAGAGGAUUGAUAGUUCCUACUGAGAAUGUUGCUACAAUCUCCUCAUGUGCCAGCGUUAUUGAGGGUGUCAGCAGAAGUCGCAAUGCUCUGCUGAAUGGAGACACCAAAAACUAUGACUGGGACUCUGGCUACACCUGCCACCAACUAGGCAGUGGAGCAAUAGUGGUACAGCUUGCUCAACCCUACAUGAUUGGAUCAAUGAGGUUGUUACUUUGGGACUGUGAUGACCGGAGUUACAGUUACUACAUAGAGGUCUCGACAAAUCAGCAACAAUGGACGAAAGUUGUGGACCGCACAAAGGUCAACUGCAGAUCAUGGCAGACCUUAACGUUUGAAAGACAGCCUUCUUCAUUCAUCAGGAUAGUGGGGACUCUUAAUACUGCCAAUGAGGUUUUCCACUGUGUACACUUUGAGUGCCCUGCCCAAGUAGAAUGUGAAUUAAAAGAGGGUAGUCCAGUAGAUCCUAACCAUGAUGGUACAGACUUGUGUGCAAGUUCUCAGCAGCAUUUUCGGCCAGCGCGUCCUUCCAGAACACAAAGUCUUCAACCACCUGCACCGUCCACUACAGGCUCUGCCUCUUGUACCUCAAGGCCUCACUCUCAUCACUGAAAACAGGAUGGUGAUGCCACAGACUCCGGGAGACUGAAGUCACUAAUGCAAUAAAGAAGUUAAACCAGCACAUUCAUCAGUCACCCAUGUGAGGCAGACAUCUUAGAAAAUGUAGCCUCUUCAUCUGUACACUCAUUCAUUUUCUGCAUUGUCAUUGUUGCUCAUCAUUUAUCCAGAUGAUGUAAUUUUUCCUCCCAAUUCUUUUAUGGUUACCCCCCCAAAAAAGGAGUUUCAACCUACAUAGCUUUUUGGUGCAGGUACAGGACAGUCUUCCUGCUGCAUCCAGCCUGUGCUCUUGACUUACUGCAGUUUUUGAAGUAAGGCAGAUGACCAAGAAUGAGAAGGUAUGCCACGGCUGUCCAUGUUGACUACAUGAAGAAAACAAUGGGCUAGAUUUGUGUUUACAUCAUACCCGGAAGGAGUGCUGCACUAAUCAGAACAUGAACCCAAUUGCUUUUUUACCUUGUUGUAAAAGGCUCACAGAUAAGAUUUUUUUGUCCCCUAGCCAUUGCUAACUGCUCACAGUGCUGAUGGGUAUACCUAAAAUGGACUGAGCACCUAAAUAACAUAUUACUACAUAAUUUAUGUCUCUCCAGAAAUUGAUCAACUAGCUGAUGUUCAAAAUGUCUGUUGUACCUGCCAUUUUAUACGUAUGUUCUAGUGAAGCAGCAGACAUUUAGUGCAUAUGUGCCAAUUUCUCUCAAGCUAAAAGCGAUGUAGGUGUAUAUUAUAGGCAGACUCACUUACAGCUGAUAAUCGGAGUGCACAGUAACUGCUGCUUUACUACACAAGUAGCUCAUUCCUCCAUGAUUUCAAAUCUGCCUUCAUGAAACAAUUCCACUAAAUCAUUACCCUUGGGAUUAUGUUAAAGAGUACAGGAGAUUUCUUUAUGCUGAGCUAUCCUGCUGUGACAGAGGAUAUACAUUUUAUUUGUCCCCACUAGAUCCUUGGCUGCAAAUGGUGGAGUCAUACACCUCUAAAGCAGUAAGCCUUCAAACUGAUAAAAAAAAAAAUCUGCUCAGACUGCAAAGCAGGGCCAUUAAUUUCCCUUGGCAGAAGAGUCGACGAGUAAAACAAGCACACUAGUCCUUGGAGAAAGUGACAAAAUAUAGAGCAACCUACUACUUGAGGACACUUAAUGUGCAGCUGUUAAAUUAAAAUGAUUUCAUGUCAUUUCCAUAGUUUAGGUAAUUUUGGACCUUCCUUUGAGGGUGUGGGUAUUUCAAAGUGGUUUCACAGCUGCUUUAUAAUUUUUAGUUACUAGCUACUUGCAACUAAGGUCAAAGUUCCGAAACCUUUAACUUUUGGUAAGUAGUUUUGAAAUGGCCCAGUUUCCCCUAAUUCUUCCUCCCUCUUCUCCCUUUACUGUGUGAAAAUAGUAUCAGAACACACUUUUUUUGUCUUUAGUGGUGGACAUUGCGCCUUUUAUCAUCUGAACCCAUGAGCUGCAUGUCUACAUCUUGAUUAAUUCACCACACUUUCGUUCAGUUAAUAAAAGCCUUACUGCAAAUCUUCUGUGUUUUAGUCAUAAAGUAGGUAUUUGGAAGCCAGGCACUGGGGUGAAACAUAAUUGAACCUAACACGGGAGGGCAUUAAUCAAAUGCAAUAAAGCAAUCAAUAGACAAUUAAAAACAAAGGUUUUGCGCUUUCUCUUAUGCACUGUAUGCUGUCAAGGACAGCAGCAGGAUUUUCAGGCAGCUAAAGGAGGACAUUUGCAUGGUGCUGAAUCCAAAUAACGGUCACUUACUAUAGAUUCAUUUGACUAGGUCUUAAAGUGCUGCUAUGAAUCUGCAUUGUACCCAGUGCCAGUAAUAUGUGUUUAAUUUAAAAAUAAAAAAGGGCAGCCUUUGUUGUUGGUUGACUAUGCAUGGGGCUGUAUUUAAGUUGUGCAAUAUUUAGCUUGGAAUUUGUUGUUAGUUCUGAGGAGGGUAUCUACAUGGAAUAAAAAGCAGAAGCAGUUAUUAAAUGAAAGGUACCUAACUCCUCUAAAAAUCUUUUAAGGUUAUGGCUGUACUGCAAGUGAUUCCAUCUACUUCUGCCGAAGCAGAGAUAUCAUGCUUCAGAAUGUCUGAAUCAGUUACUACAGCAAUUCUUAAGCUUUUUUUUUUUUGUCCCAUGUGAAGUGGUUUGCAAUGAGAUGAUAAAAUAAGAAUAUGCAUUUGUCGGUGAAAUUUAAAUUUGCACAUACAUUGUAGGAAUUCUUGGUUUUGCAAAGCAUUUAUGAUCGAUGGAACCUAAUCACUUCUAUAGAAAAGCUGGUGGUCUUUUAUAAUAUAAGCUUUGGAUAGCUACAUGUAUAUAUUUGUUUCCAUUAUGUUAGCUUCAUUGGUUGUCUUUCAUCAUUUUAUACAAGUUUGCUCCUUGAAAACAGAAUACAGGAUUCACCAUAUCUUUGUGAUCUUUGUUUCCAGAGUCUUUCACAUUUCCUACAUCUUUUUGAAAACAGUGCCGCCUUUGAAGUAACAUUCUUGCUGUAUUUGUUCAGAUACUGUACUGACAUGAGAGGGUCACACUACUCUUGUUUUCUGUGUAAUUGAAAUUGUGUUAGAUGGAGUGGUCCAUCAUUUAUUUAAAUAUAAAAACAGUUGUGCAUCUUGUUGGAUGGCUUCAGUUUGAUUUUAUGCUUCCUGAACAGAAAAGGCUGACUGGGCCAGAAGUAACAUCGCAGUGCAGUACCGCAAACCUCCCACUCGAAAACAAAAAGAAAGAAAAUUCAGUACAGAAUAUUUCUUCUGUACUUCAUUAUAAUACUUUGUCUCUGUUCAAGCUCAGAUAAGAGGGCUAUCAUUGCUAAAGGACUGCUUAAUAACGCAGGGUUUCUGCAUCACAGAUUAUGAAGUAUUGAGCUGCGUUCUGACCCACUUCUGUUAUAAUGUCUAAUUUACUGUCAGCCAGCAGUGUUAGAGAAGGUUGGCCUGUUUACUGUAAACACAUUGUGUGUUCAGAAGCCUCAACAUCUAAUGCUAGAGAACUGAGAAUUAGCACACAGGUCACAAAGAUGAAUGUUUAUACAGAUCCACUUCUGUAUUUAGACUCUUUGCCAUUUUCUUUUAUUUUCCUUGUCUAUAGAAUUACUGCUGUACAUCUUCACAAGCACAGGUGCAGCUUUUCAAGGUUGCAGCUGUGCUCAUUUGUGAAAUAUUGAAAUUAUUAUUUAAGAGGUUGUUAUGGGUCAUGAAGAAAAAAAUAGCACUUUCCUAAGAUUUAAACAGAGGUAUUUAAUAAAAUGUACCAUAUAUUAAUAAAAUGUUAAAUUUGA